AUGGCAGCCCUUGACCUAUCUCUGCCUACCGUCCUUCUCAUCAUCGACAACCAUGCAGCCUUCGACAACGAAGCGUACUGGGGCAAGAGAUCAAAUCCGCAGUACAAGGAGAAUGUCACCGCGCUCAUAAAUGCAUUCCGGGAUGCGCACGCGCGAAACCCCCAUAUCGAGGUCAUCCACAUCGGCCACUCGUCCACUAACGUCAAGAGUGUCCUACAUCCCUACCAUCCAGACGGCGGUCCGGCCUUCUACCCGUUCACCGAGCCCAUCCCUGACGAGCUGGUCUUCUGGAAGAACGUGAACUCGGCCCUGGUCGGAACCGACUUGGAGAAGACGCUGAGGGCCAAGGGCGUGCGACAGCUGCUGCUGCUGGGCCUGACGGCGGAACACUGCGUAUCUACCACCACUCGUAUGGCGGCCAACCUGGGCGUUACAAACGCCCCAGACGGCAGCGCAGAUGGCCGGGUUAUCCUGGUUGAAGAUGCUACUGCCUCGUUCCCCUGCGGGCGGUUUGAUGCAGAUACCGUCCAUGGCGUCUCGGUUGCAACGCUGAGGGAGUUCGCGGAGGUUGUCCAGACGGCCGAUGUUUUGAGAGACUUGCAGCCGCUGCUUUCGUGA